GUUGGGGGUCCGUCCUGCAAGAGUUCCCCCAGAUCCGAACAACUAGGCUAACAGCUAACCAGCAUUUACGGUUUCAUUCAGCUCGGAUUCCGUCCUUUGGCGUCAUUCGUUAAAAAAUAUUUGCCUCUAAAAUCACAACUGAUGAAAGUGUUUUGGUAGUUACGCUCGAGUGUUUAUAAACGCCAACCUGUUUUCGGGCUUUGGCCUCCAUGAUUUUGGUGGGUGUGGUCUCCUCUGUUAGCCCUCACCCUGACUGAGGUCAGCUCUGUUCCCCCCCAAACACACACAAAUUCAAAAGCACGGCGAUGACACACCAUUCAAACAACUCUGUUCGAGACCAUAUGAAAUGGGCCGGUUUGCUGGGCUGCGAGGCAGUGCUUUCCAGCAUGGCCCUGAUGCAGGCCAACAAUAUUCAAGGUCAAAAGAAGAUGUCAUCACUGGGUCACGGGCACCGGUCAACUUCAGAAAGCCACCAAAGCCACUCGCAUCAUAGCCACCAUGGAAACCAAAGUCACCAUGCACAAGGCAACAGCCACACGGGCCAUAUGUCUACGGGGAGCUGUCCACCACUGCUGAUCCAAAAGGAUGGAGAUUACCACACUUCGAGAAUAUUGGAUGGGAAAAACAUGCAUACCAGCCAGAGUAUGCACGUCAAGAAAAAGCACAAAAAAUCGGUUAAAGUUAAGGAAGAGGUGCGGCCUUUAUUGCAGCAACUCGACAUGGAUGACGACAGUGUUCUGAAAGUCCAGAAGAACUUCAUCUGUGACCACUGUUAUGGUGCUUUUCGGAGCAGCUAUCACCUCAAGCGGCACAUACUGACACACACGGGGGAAAAACCUUAUGCCUGUGACAGCUGCGACAUGCGCUUCAUUCAGCGUUACCACCUGGACCGACACAAGAGGGUGCACAGUGGCGAGAAGCCGUACCAGUGCGACCGCUGCAAUCAGACCUUCUCACGGACAGACAGGCUGCUGAGGCACCGGCGCCUGUGUACCGCCGGGAUCAGCAAAGACGACAACCAGUGUUGCGAUAGUCGAUCAUCUGCGUACUCACAGGGCACCUCCGGCCACACUGCUUCCUGGAGUCCCUUACAGUCUUCCAACAGCCGCCUGACCGUCUGACCCCUAACCUCUUGUUCUCUACAAAGACCUAAUGGACAGUUGGUGACUCAGUAUAAUUGAUUGGCAACAACGCUGACAGCCAAACACAAUUUAGAUUACACAACUAGGCAACACAACCAGACUGAAGUUAGUUGGAUCAUAAAUUUUUGUACCUUUUUAUUGUCUUCAUCACGGGAAAUAGAAUUUGUCUCUCUCAAGGCUCUCUCUUCACAUUGCAAAGGCAGUAAGUGAAUGAUAUGCACUCACAUUUUAUCAUAGCCUACUGGAGACUCUUAAGAGAGCUGCUACCAUGCGAUACACUUAAGGUGUUUUUGACAGUAUUGGCUACUGUGUUGGACAGCACUGAUUUGAUUGUCCUGCUGAGCCCAGAAAUACAGUCCUGCUUCUACCUUUGGAAGUUUGGAUCGGUCAAGACUCAAAACUGACACAAUUUGUCACAAGAAUCCCUUAGUUUGUAUUAGGAAUUAAGAACCCAUGUAAUACUGUAAGUUUUGUGUUUCAAUUGAAAAGCAAUGUACAUUUCAAUCUGUAUAAAUUAAAGUGAACUGUUACAAUCAGCUCACAGUACAUUAAAGAAAACAAUUUAAAUGGCAAAACUAAAAGGUUUAUAAACAAAUCCAAGUAUGCAUUUAGUCCACUGCUUGGUUAAUAUUUUAACCUGCUUUUUUUCUUUUCUAUCUUUGUAACUGCCUUGAGGAAGCUCCUUUGACCUCCUGUGUGUUAGUCAUGUUUGUGAGUCGGUGGUCAAACUUGUCAGUUGUCCCACCUUUUCAGACAUUUUGGAGGAAGGUGCCAGAACAACUGUUCAAGUUGAGUUGUUGGGUUGUAGUUUUAGUCCGAGGCAAGGAAACCCUCACCUCCAUCUCAAAUCUGAUUGAAUGUGAAGACACUGUGCCAUGUCCUUUCAUCUGUAAUCUCUAACAGUUUAGCAUCUUCAGUGAAGAUGAUGUGGAAGUGUUUUUUUAUUGUCCCUUUUUUUGGGGGUGGGGGGAUGUCAAUAUCCAACUUUGUCCUAUGCCCUUUAAACACUGAACUGAAGCAGUUCAUUAAGUUGUAGAACGUGAUUUUUUUUUUUUUUUUUUUUUUUGUGUCUAAACUGGGUGCUUUUCUUUUUCUAUUAGACAUGUAGUUCUGUUGAUAUAUUUAGACUACAGGAAACUAGUUGGGGAGCCUAUCAAUGACAUUGCCCACUACUUAUUAAGGUAAUAUAUAUUUAAACUGUAUUAGCUGUAGAAAUCCGUGUGGGACCUAUACAUUCCAAAAUUUUUCAAAUAUUUACAAAGGUAUAAAGUGUUGGCUAAUGGUGUGAUUUGGAGGAGGAUCACCCUUUGAUUUGGUAAUAGAAUUGCAAAGCAACCAAUAAUUAUCCUCUAAAACAUGAAUGAUUUUUUGGGUCGUCUUUUCAUUUGUCUGCUUUUAUAUCAAUGUAUCAACCCCACUUUUUAAUAGUCAUUUUUAAGGGUGAAAUGAUGUACAUUUUAUAGUUGAUUAUACUGCAUUAUGCAUGGAGUUUUAGGGCCCCAAGUCUCAAUAAAACUAUGAAUUC